GUCCAUCAUGGCCCUCCACGUUCCCCGUGCUCCCGGAUUCGCGUCCAUGCUCAAAGACGGCUCCAAGUUUUUCUCCGGUGUCGAAGAGGCUGUUGUCCGAAACAUUUCCGCGUGUAAAGAGUUUAGUGGGACCGUGGCCUCGGCCUAUGGCCCUAAUGGCAUGAACAAGAUGGUCAUCAACCACUUGGAGAAGCUCUUCGUCACCAAUGACGCCGCCACCAUCAUUCGCGAGCUCGAGGUAGAACAUCCCGCUGUCAAGAUGAUGAUCCUGGGAUCCCAGAUGAUGGAACAAGAAGUGGGAGAUGGCACUAACUUCGUCAUAAUCUUGGCCGGAGCUCUCUUGAGCGAGGCGGAGGAACUCAUCCGCAUGGGACUCAAACCCACUGAGAUCGCUGAGGGCUACGAAUUGGCCCUAGAAAAGGCCCUGGCAGACCUGGAAGGUUUAUCUUGCGGUGAGGUCAAGGACCCACGCGAUGCGAAACAAGUGGCCAAGGCCGUGAGAUCCGCUGUCAUGAGCAAACAGUAUGGCCACGAAGAUUUCCUGAGCGAUCUCAUCACCAAGGCUUGUAUUUCGAUCCUGCCGGAAAAUACCUCGUUCAAUGUGGAUAAUGUGCGCGUGUGCAAGAUCCUUGGAUCCGGAUUGCUCCAAUCGGACGUUGUGCAGGGUAUGGUGUUCAAGAAGACUGUUCAAAGCAACGUGAUCAAGCAAGACAAAUGCAAGAUUGCCGUCUACACGUGUCCCGUGGACCAAAUGCAAACCGAGACCAAAGGUACGGUGCUCAUCAAGACCGCCAAGGAGCUAACCGAAUUCAGUCGUGGCGAGGAGGAGCUCUUGGAGAACCAGAUCAAGGCCAUUGCCGAUUCCGGAGCCACAGUCGUGGUGUCCGGUGGCAAGAUCGGAGAUAUGGCUCUUCAUUACAUGAACAAGUACAAUCUUAUGGGUGUGCGAUUGAGCAGCAAAUGGGAUAUCCGUCGGCUGUGCAAGUCGGUGGGCGCCACGCCCCUGCCCAAAGUCACCCCACCCACUGCCGAGGAGCUCGGAUACGCCGAUCGAGUCUAUGUGGAUGAGCUUGGAGACACGUCCAUGGUCGUGUUCCGAUUGGAGUCGGCCGAGUCUCCCUUGGCCACGGUGGUUAUUCGAGGGUCCACGGACAACUACAUGGACGACAUUGAGCGAGCCAUUGACGAUGGGGUGAACACCUUCAAGGGAAUUUGCAGGGAUGGUCGUCUUGUGCCAGGAGGAGGUGCCACCGAAAUGGAGCUAGCAAGGUCUGUGGGCAAAUUCGGAGAGACGCUUCCAGGUCUGGAGCAAUACGCCGUGAAGAAUUUCGCCACUGCCUUAACAGCCAUUCCCCGACAGUUGGCAGAGAACUCGGGCUCGAAAGGCCGCAUUGCCAUCACCUCCUUGGCCACUGCUCACGAACAGGGCCAGAAGAAUUUGGGCGUGAACAUCGAUUCAGACAGCUCGAAUGUGACCAUGGACGCCGUAGAGAACGAGAUCUUGGACUUGCUCAUGUUGAAGCAUUGGGGUUUGAAGUAUGCCGUGAAUGCGGCAUGCACAAUCCUCAGGGUGGAUCAAAUCAUCAUGGCCAAACGGGCAGGAGGUCCCAAGGCCAAGCCUUCAGGUCCCAUGGAUGCCGAUGAUGACGAGUAAAGUCAGGACCCGAACCCAACUCUUUUAACAACAACUGCUACAUGUAUCCAUGGUUGGGGUUAUGAUCUGAGCUUGAAUUUUGAUAACAUUAUUAAACCCUUCUUUUUAAUUCAACAUGCAUUCAUACGCCAAUACUCCCUCGUUUAUCCGGCUAAAAUACACACACUUCAAUGGA